AUGUCAGAGCCACGCGGCCGCACCGAUCUGCUCAAGCCCAGCUUCGAGCCGCACGCGCCGGCGCAGCCGCUGGGACACUCGCUGCUUCACGGGCCGCCGCGCGCGCAGCACAUCGUCGUCGUGCUCGGCGUGGGGCCUGGCCUGGGCCUCGAUGUUGCUCGCAUCUUUGCGGCACAGGGAUACGCCGUGGCGAUCCUGUCCAGGACCAAGGCGCGGCUCGAUGCCUGGGCAGUCGAGGUGAGCCUCGCUUCGCGUGUGCUCAGAGUGGCGCCCGCUCGUCCGCUCUCGCUGGCGUUUGGCUGUGACGUGCUCGACUCGGCCGCCAUCAUUCAGGCGGUCAAGGACAUCCAAGCAGCGUGGCCUGAGCGAAAGAUUGGAACUUGUGUCUACAACGCCAGCGUACGCAAGCGUGGUCCCUUCCUAGAGCAGAGACCAGAGCAAGUGCGUGAUGGCGUGCAGGGAAGCAUCUUUGCCGGCUUCGCCUUCCUGCAGAGCGUCAUUGGCGCCAUGGUGCAGCACAACAACGGCGCCGGCGGCUCGGUGCUCGUGACGGGUGCGACGUCGUCGACGCGCGGCCGCGAGGGCUUCGCUGGCUUCGCCGCGAGCAAGUCAGGCCUGCGUGCCAUCUGCCAGUCCGUCGCUCGCGAAUUCGGUCCCCAGAACAUCCACGUCGCACAUAUCAUCGUCGACGGCGUCAUCGAGAGCCAGACGAUGCUCGACCGCUUCGACUUCCCCAAGGGCUCCCGCUUCCCGGACGGCGCGGCUCUGCUCUCGCCCGAGAUGGCGAAGACGUGGCUCUUCCUCGCUCAGCAGCGGCCGAACGCGUGGACGUUCGAGAUGGACCUGCGCCCAGCCAAGGAGCACUUCUGACGGAGAACCAGCGCACACAUCACGGGCAGAGUACGUCGCAGUCAUGUAAUUUCCACGAGGCGCAAACGGCGACCGCGAGGCCAGCGCGAGCGACGGGCAGAGACGACAUGCACCGAGCGCGAAGUGCAAUGAGAGUGAGCUGCUCGUCGAAGCUGCACGCCGGCAGCGAGCGUGUGGACAGAUUGAGGUGGUGUUGACUUUUGAUGGGCGGAUAGGGAAAUGAGACGGCGUUGAAGCGAUCUGAGGGAAGAGUGGUGAGCAUGAUGAUGAUAGGCGCGGUCUGCAUCGAGGAGCAAGACGAGCAGACUAGGCUGCCGGCGUCUGCACGGUUACACAUCUGACCCGCCCGGCCCUGUCUCGUCCCUCCUUUGCGCCUGUCCUUCUCUUCGCUUCGAGGAAGCCACCUCACCUCCUCGCUCUCUUCAUCUG